AGCGGUGGUGCCGGUUCGAUGUCGGCGGCGCCGCAGCGGCUUCCGGGAAGAUGGCGGCCUGGAGAGCGGCGCUGGUGGCGGCCGCCCGCGUUCCGCUAAGGGGACGAUUCGCCGGUCUGCGGCCCCCUCGGAGCCAACGGCGCCCACCUAGCUGGAAGGUCGUCGCCGCCGCCCUCGUCGGGGGAGGCUCCCUGGCGGCGUGCUACAGCGGGCGGCCGGGCGUGUUCCCGACGGUCCUGGCACAGAAAGAAGAUGUCAUUAAUGUGGAAAGAGAUGAAAGAUUGUCUCUUCGGAAGCAUCGCUUCAUGCAGUUUGCAUCUUUGGAAUACGAAGGAGAAUAUUACAUGACACCAAGAGAUUUCUUGUUCUCAGUGGUGUUUGAUCAAGUUGACCGUAAAGCCUCAGCCAAGAAACUGACAAAAAAGGAGGUAGAUGCUGCACUGCAGUCUGUUGCCAAAGCUAAACCAGGACCGAACUUUUUUAGGCAGCUUGAGGAUAAAGGGUUGAUAUCUUACGCAGAGUAUCUAUUUUUGCUGACAAUCCUUACAAAACCCCAGACUGGAUUUCAGAUUGCCUUUAAAAUGUUGGAUGCAGAUGGCAACGAACAAGUUGAAAAGAAAGAAUUCUUUAAGCUACAGAGAAUCAUUGGGAAGGAAGAUGAUCUGAAAGCAGCUGGGGACGAAACAGUAUUUCAGGCAGCAGAACUGGAAAGCCAUGCUGUUAAUACUAUAUUGCUGGUGCAUUUCUUUGGAAAAGAAGGAAAGGAAAAACUUCGCUAUUCUGAGUUUUUCAGAUUCAUGGAAAAUCUGCAAACAGAAGUCCAAGAAAUGGAAUUCAUAAGGUUUUCAAAGGGUUUGAACGUCAUGAGAAAAGAAGACUUUGCAGAAUGGUUACUGUACUUCACUGAUGAGGAAAACAAUGAGAUUUACUGGCAGAACGUGAAAGACAGAAUUAAGGCAGGAGAGAAUAUCAGUUUGGAAGAAUUCAAGACUUUUUGCAAGUUUACAAAUAACCUGGAAGACUUUUCUAUUGCCAUGCAGAUGUUUACUGUAGCAAAUCUUCCUGUUAAAAGGGCUGAAUUCAAGAGAGCAGUGAAAGUGGCAACAGGACAAGAACUCUCGGACAAUGUUUUGGAUACCGUCUUUAAGAUUUUUGAUCUAGAUGGAGAUGACUGCCUCAGCCAUGGCGAGUUUCUGGGAGUCCUGAGGAACCGAAUUCAUCGAGGCUUGAGGGUACCGCAACAGCAAGGAAUUCAAGGUUAUUGGAAGUGUGUGAAAAGAGAAAGCAUUAAAGGAGCCAAAGAAGUGUGGAAGCAAACUGGGAAAAGUCCUUUUUAAAGCAGUCCAUUGUUCUUUUGCUAUAAAUGUUGUUAUGUAGGGGUGUUUGUCUGUCCUGUUUACAUAAUAGCCAGAUCAAAAAUACUCCUUUUUCCCCCACUAUUCUUUAAUGAACCCAGUUUCUAAUGCAAUAAUUUCAUAUUGUUCUAGUGCAAUCAGUUUGGUUUACAGAACUGUUAUCACUUUUACCUCCAUAUGGAAGGGAGGUCACUGUUCUAAGAAACAGUGUUGUUUACUCCUCCAUGGAGCCUGAUUCUGCGCUGUAGCAUACAGGAUAUGGAAGAUUUAAUAGUGGCAGGAACAUCACAGCAAUGUCAUCUCCUACGAG